CGCCGACACGCUAUCUUUGCUGAGAUUUAACAGACGUCUCCUAGCAACUUCUGCUUUAUUUUUCUAUCUAUACCCUAGCCAACUCAUGCCUCAUAAACGCGCUAAACGUUCAGUGCGUGAAAAUGACCGGAAAGAAAAAGGAAUGGACGUCGCGCCAUCCGGAAACCUUUCAACCGAAGGCAUUCCCAAGUCGGUAUCGCGCAUUCUAGAUGCUGCGAAGAUCAGGGAGGAUUUUAAACAACGCAAGAGGACAGCUCUCGACGAGCCAUCAGACGGCUCUGGUCGACCGAAGAAGAAACGAAAACAGGUUGUAGACGACACUCGAGAGAAGGCUACUACUGCGCCGAACGAGAAGGGAAAAGAGAAGGCGGCUGAGAUCAAGAUCAAGCCAGGAGAGACCUUGGCACACUUCAACCGACGAGUUGAGGACGAUAUGCGACCUCUUGUUCGUAAUGCUAUUCAAAAGUCAUCCGCUCGCGAACGGCAAGAACGCAAGUCUACGGGAAAGACGAAAACAGCAGAAAACUCUAGUGAAUCUUCAUCUCAGCCCAAAACUACCAAAGGUGGCAAAUCAUCAUCCCGAGACGAUGCAGCCUCCGAUAUACCCACCCAACCACUAGAUAAACAUGCUUCAAAAGCCAAAGAGUUCCAAGCUCUUUCUACAUCCGCACCUCGCCGCCUUAAUGAUAUCGCCAUGGCCCCGCCAGAUCUCAAGAAACUACCCCGAGGAGUAAAGAAGGAUGGAACGAAAGGGAAGGGGGAUGGGUUAGGGAAGGCCGGGAUUUUGUCGAUGGCCCAGAGGGCGAUGAUGGAAGUUGAACGAGAAAAGGCGAUCGUGCGGUACCGGGAGUUGAAGGAGAGAAGGGCCAAGGAGGGAAGGUCAACUGGUGCUCUUGUCCCGGAGGAUUCAUAGCAAAUUUAAUCUAUCUCUGUGAGUCUCUGGUCCUGUCUUUCAUGUCCCUUUCCCUGUGCUUCCUUUGCGGCGAACAUUCACCAAUCUGGCUGUUAC